GCAGUUUCCAAGAUGGCGGCCGUGUAUCUGCAAGAACAAGGGUUUGAGGAGUACGCGCGCGCAAGACGGCUCAGCGAGGAGGAGUCCCGGCAGGACCCGGAGACUGAGCCCUACAGGUCCAAGUACAAAGCACGGGAACUACUACUGGGGCUCAGCGAGGCUCUCAAGGGGUUUCUGGAUGAGUCUCAAGCAGAGGAAAAUGUUGAGCUGACCCUGCAGCUGGGUGAGGUGUUUCUCCACCUGGGGUCGAACUUCAGUGACACGGAGGAGGUUCCGACAGGUGAGAAGUAUUUCUCCAGGUGUGCCGACCUUCUACAAGGUCACAAGCUGGACCAGCGCUGCGUCAACACCAUCCUCACCUGCCUGAACCAGCUGGGGAUCCUGUGGGUUUCCCGAUCAGAACCAGAGAAGGCCCUGGAGAUGCUACAGGAAGCUGAGGAACUAUACAAAAUCUACAUGCACAACGUGGGACAACCCCCCCUGCAGCUACAUGAACUGCUGAGUCCUGAUCCGUUCGGCAGCCCAAAGUCUCGGCUUGCAGAGUUUGAGAAAACUCACACGCUGACUCUCUACUACCUCGCACAGACCUACCCUAAACUGGGGGACAACGAAAAGUCGGCAGCCUACUGUCACCUGACCCUGAGCCGACAGCUCCAGUCUGGGAACUACCAGCCGCUGGACUGGGCGACAAACUGUGCAACUCUGUCCCAGUACUACAUCACACGGGACAACUUUACACAGGGGAGGCACUGUCUAGCGAGCGCGAGUUGUGUGAUGUCACAGGUUCCGGAGCCGUGUGACGAGGUGGAGGACGGAGAGAACGAGACAGGGAGGGAGAAACUGGAGCGGAGACGGGCCGACAUCGCGCGCUGCUGGCUCAAGUACUGCCUCGUCAUGCUGCAGGAAUCAAGACAAGCCCUGAUGGACGACAUCGGUGAGAUGGACAGAACGAAGCAGAAGGACCUGGCGGAGGGCCGGGCGGUUGCCAGUAGCAACGGUAGCCAUAACGACGACAAACAGGAGAAGCCGGAGGAUCCAGAAAAUCCAGCAGGUGCAGAUGGGCCGGCCCGUCACCAUGGCGAUGAGAAGAGUCUGUUGAGAUUUGAGAGUCUGGAGCUGACCUUGGAGGAUCAGGUUACGGACAGGAAGGUCACCGACUUCGACCAGGCGCGGGGAGUUUUCCUGGUGGGACAGAAGUACGUAAACGCAGCGAAGCAGUUCUACGUGUUGGACGGGCACGUCACUGACUUCGUGGAGAUCACACAGGACUGGAGUCAGCUGUUCCGAGCACUGUCGUUUUUCGAGCAGGAUUUUGAGCGCCGAUGUAAGAUGCACAAACGUCGUGUGGACAUGUUACAGUCCCUCCUGUCUGAACUCAACCAGCAGCAUUACCUACUGGUGUGCAGACAGAUCAUGUACGAAAUCGCAGAGACUUUCAGUGAGAUGCUGGAUUUGAAGGUAGCGAUUGCGGAAACAGGAGACGAGAGACCGACGAUUCAUGCCGUCAAGAAAAUCAACACUUUGGCCCAGCAGUCCAUCGGCCACUACCAGAUGUUCCUAGACUCCUUAAGAAAUGCGGAUAAGGAGAUGCCGAAGACGUUUAAUGAAGACACCGUCCGGCCGGCUCUGGUCGCACACUUCUGUGUCGGGAGACUAUAUUCCAAGUUCCUGACCUCUGACCCCCAGCUCAAGCUGCAAAACAUGUCCAAAAGCCUGGACCACUAUCAGUACCUGGUGGACUAUUGCACAUCUCAUCCCGACAUCACUGCCGCAGUACAGAGUGAACUUGAGAUCUGCACAGAGAUGUCCCAGCUGCUUCCGAUUCAGAUGGAGAAAAUUCGCCUCACGCUGACCUGAGUAAAGAACCCAGCACACUUAUGAAUCAGCGCAGGGCUGCCCCGGAUAUUUGGCUACAAACCUAAGCUGUGGCAAAACUGCAUUGCAGGAGUCUUGUGGCUACUUUUGCGC